AUGGUCAGCGCUCUGGAUGACGAAUCAGAGGGUGGCAAAAGAACUAUCGAACUUGGUCCGGGCACUGGAGCCAUCACCUCUCGCCUGUGGCAAAGAUAUCCGGAGAUGAUUGGAAUUGAAAUAGAUCAACGGGCAAUGCGCGUACUCUCUCGCACUGUGCCUGGUGCCACAGUCAUCAGAUCAGAUGUUCUGAUGGUGAACUACACGAAACUUGCAGAACUUCGAGGUGGACCCUUGUCAAUAGUCAGCAACCUUCCCUUUCAUGUGGCAUCACAGGCGCUGUUCACUUUGGCUGACCAUGCGGAUGGAGUUCGCAGUGCUCACGUUAUUCUGCAGCAGGAGGUUGCACAGCGGCUCGUUGCAAAGCCAAAUAGCAAGAAGUAUGGCAUCCCCAGCGUGGUGUUCCAGCUGUACGCCGACCCAAAGAUCCUUUUCCACUUGCCUCCGACAGCAUACUUUCCUCGACCCAACGUCAUGACUUCUUAUGUAAAGCUGGACUUUGAAGCUGCCGCAGAGCGCCGCAGAGCACUGGAUGUUGAUCCUCGAGAUCUGCGGAACCUCACCAAUACCGUUUUCCGGUAUAGAAGAAAAAUGAUGCAAAAUUCACUCGCUCGCAUUCUCUCGUGCCACACGACCUUGAUCGAUCAGUUGCCUGAAGAGUAUGCCAAACUUCGCCCUGAACAGAUUGAGCCUUGGGAGUUUGUUCAUCUUACCCAGCUUGUUUUUGGCAAGAAGGAAUUCCCAAAGCAUUUCAAGCGUGCUUGGCGCGGAGAAUUUGGACGGACUGUUCGGGAUUGA